UUUAAUGAAUACUGCAUUUGGUUUUUAACACAUACAAGCAUGUGUAUUUUUUAUCAUCUGUGAAUUAUUUAACAGUUUUUUAUCUUUAAAUAAAGUUUUCUUUAAUAUCUGCCUUGACCUCUACAUUUAAGAUACGUUUGCCGAGCCCUGUAUAAUUUUGUACUUUUCUCUCAUCUUAUAUAGCUUCUAUAAAAAAGAACUGAAAAAUGUGCCGGUUACUGUGUACUGUUGGUACAGUCAGAUUUGUGUUGUUUCAUUUCAAAGAUUUCAUUUGUGGUCCUAAAAAUUGGCUUAAUGUCUCCAAUACACCUAGAAUUCAUGGAUUUGAACGUGAACAUGCUGAUUUUAAUCAGAAGGUGUUAUCACAUUGUUAGAGACAUGUCAUAACACACAGUAAAAGUCCUUCACCUAUGAAUCUUGGACUUUGCUGUCAUUUACUACAGAUAUUUAAAGACAUGCUGUUACAUUCAUAUUAAAUAUUUUAAGAUUUUAGGUGCUUGGUCAAUGAACAGGAAAAUUAAUUUUGAUAUAGGAUCAUAGUAUUUCCAAUUUCUUUGGCUUGAGUCAGUCAGAAUUUUACACUUUGAUGCUUAUGAAACUGAUCGGACAUGUUCGAUACCACAGACAGCUAGAAUAUUUUCACAAAGCCUAUUGAAAUGUGGCAUGGGCCAAAAUAAUCACUGUUUAUUUAUGACAUUCAGGACAGUUUGGGCAGUUACAUACAUGAGAGAGGCAUAAAUGUUUGUUCAGACUGACUGAUUUGAAAUGAGCAUACAUAAUGAAACGAUAUUAUGUAUUACUAUUUAAACAACCAGUCUGGUACAUAACCUGUGUCUUUUGUAUGCAGAUUUUAAAAUAAUUUUGUGGUUAGCGUAUUUUAAUUCUUGUAAUUUCCCUAUUCGUAAUCAGUAGUCUUUCUGUUUACAGUAGCGCUAUAGGAUUGCUAUGGAAUUGACUCCAUUCGUCUUCAAUCCGAAGGAAGGAGUCGACAAUCCAGCCAUGGUCAUUUCUGAAGAUGUGGAGAAGAUUAGUGGCCCCGUGCCCCAUUUGUGUGUGCUGAAAAGAGAAGAAGGAGAGAAUUUCGGCUUCCAUCUACGCUUGGAGAAAGGACUACCAGGUCAUGUGAUCAGGCAGGUAGAAUUAUUAGGAGUGGCUGAGAAGAGUGGACUCAGGGAUGGGGAUCGACUUCUAGAGGUCAAUGAAAAGUUUGUGGACGACGUUGAUCAUACGGAGGUUGCCCGCAUGAUCCGGGUGACUGGGCCUCAGCUGUGCCUUCUGUUGCUGAGCAGUGAUGAAUACGAGCAGGCCGUGGCUCAGGGCUGGAACCUGAAGGAAUUGUGCAAAGCUCAGCGUGGUGAGGAGUGGAAUCCACCUCGGCUCUGCCACGUCAUCAGAAACCCUGCGAGCGGUCUAGGCUUUAGCAUCCAUCCUGUGGAGGGUGAGAAAGGAAAGCUCUCUAUAAAUCCAAUAACAGGAGGCCCUGCUGAGAAAGCAGGACUGAGAAAAGGAGACCGUCUCCUUUGGAUUAAUGGUGCCAUGGCUUGUGAACUUACCCAUUCUGCUAUUAACAAGAUGGUGAAGAAAUGCAGUGAUCACAUGACUGUGCUGGUGAUCGACAGCAGGAGUGAGAAGAGCUACAUCCGUAGAAACAUGACCAUUCUGCCGGCUAUGGCUGAAGCUCAGAGCAUGCCAUACAAACCCAAAAGAGUAUAUCUGAAACAGGGGCCAGAUGGCUAUGGCUUCCUGCUUAGGCUUGAAAAGAUGUCAACAGGACGCACAGUUCAUAUGGUGCGGGAGGUGGAUGCUGGCAGUCCUGCAGAAGAGGCAGAUAUUAAGGAUGGAGAGAUCCUGAUGGAGGUGAACGGAGAGUCUGUUGAUCAUUUGUCUCAUGACGAAGUUGUCAGCAAAGUCAGAGACAGUGGAAAUCGAGUCAGUUUCACCACCAUGACCCUAGAAAGCCUAGAUUUCUACACUAAGCUGGGUCUUUCUCCCCUGCUGUUCUGUGAAGAUCAUUCCUCUGGGAAGGAGCAGCAGGAAAAGUCGACUCCACAGGAACAGAGUCCAGCGGCUCUGAAGCUGUUAGAAUCCUCAGCUGAAGCCCAGGAAGAGCUGGAAAUAGAGUCCAAACCAAGACUGUGUGUGCUACAGAGAAGUCCCGUGGGAUUCGGCUUCCAUUUGGGUUGGGUCCAACAGAAACCUGGCACAUUUAUCAACCGGGUGGCACCCAGAGGUCCAGGAGAAAGUUCUGGCCUCAAGGAGGGUGACGUCCUGGUGGAGGUGAAUGGACAGAACGUAGAGGAGGAGUGUUUAGAAGAUGUGAUUUUCCUCAUGAAGAAAGGAGGCAGCUCUCUGUCCUUGCUAGUGAUGGACAGAACAGGUUACGAAUGGACAAAAAAGAAUGGAAAGCCCAUCACUGCUGAAAAUGUAGCUGCAAAGGAGGUACAGGAUUGCGAGAGCUCAUCUCCCAUACAGUCAAAUCACAGUGAGUAGCACAAGUUCCUUCCUGAGGAUUCGAAGGAAUGAAUUCAGAUUCAUGGAACAACAAUGCUGGGAAACGUGUAACAUCGCUGGGGUGGAAGUUUAGAUGACUGUUGGUUCCUUUCAAUAAAACUUGGCACUUUUUGUCAGCUUGCUUAUACUUAUUACUACUGUUCUUUCUGCCCUGAUUUAAAUGCAUGCACACAAGUUUUUAUUCUCAAUUUCAGUGAAUAUACUCAACACUCUGGCAUAACAUACAAAACUUUAAAAAUAACACUCACAAAAUCAAUGCAAUGCAUAGGCACUAUAUCACUAUAGUGUCCUCAUGCUUUAUUAUGUCAUAGCUUUCUGUUUACACAGAAUUUGUGAAAAAUGAUUUCAUUUAAAUUGCUACUGUUUCUGUGUAAACCAAUAAAGUUUAUAUUUUAUAUACUCAGUGCUUUGGAGCACCAAUAAUUCCUGCAGUUACAAAUUCAAACACAUCAUUUACGUACACAAAAUCCACAAAAUUCAUGUUAUAGUGUUAUAUCCAAAUAUAGUGUAAACGUUAUAUACAAAAGAGGAACAAUGAAAAGAACUCAUUCAUGUCACCAUGAUUUAGUGUGUGUGUGUGUGUGUGUUUGCAUGGUGCCCUGGAAUGGACUAGCUUCCCAUCAAAAGUUUAUUAUUGUCUCAUCCCCAAUAUUCCUGGGAAAGACUUCAGAUGCCAAGACCUUUGUUUCACUUCUGUGUGGAUUUGUAUUUUAACAUUUCUUGUAAUUUACCUCCAAAAAAACAUUUUAAUAAACAUUUAAUACAUUUAUAAAUGUAGCUUUCUUUUUAUUUUGGACCUCAUUAAAAAUCUACCAUUUUUUUUCA